CUUUUCGGUUUCCGCUGGUUUUGUAGUCCGUCGUCAUCGCAAUGGCACGCGCCCGCCUGAGCCGCUCCAAUAAUGGCACUUGAAUCCAGGCCCACCUUCUGGAUCCCCAACUUUCCAUACAAAGUUGUCUGCUUCUGUCUCCGGAUCAGCCGUGUAUAAUCCCAGCUGUGUCACCCCAUCAUCCACCGACAGUAACUAACCAUUGACCUGGACCCAGCACCUGGGCUUUGUGGUCAUGUCUAGCCCUAGCAGUAGUCCAGAGAGAGAGGGAAGGGACACAGGGUCAGUUCAGCUGGAGAACCUCGGCUCUCCAGCAUGUCAGGAGGCAGACCCGCUCUCCAUUGGCAGCCCUGUGCUGAGCCCAGACUCCAGUUCCCAUGAUGCUGCUCUCUCUGCACCAGCAGUCUCGCCUGCUGACUCAGAGAAUCUCAGUCCGGAUGAACUGGAGCUGCUGGCUAAAUUGGAGGAACAGAAUAGGCUCCUGGAGGCCGAUUCCAAGUCCAUGCGCUCUAUGAGCGGCUCUCGCAGGAACAGCGGCUCCUCACUGGUGUCCAGCUCCUCAGCCUCGUCCAACCUCUCGCAUCUGGAGGAGGACACCUGGAUCCUGUGGGGACGCAUUGUUAACGAGUGGGACGAGUGGAGGCGCAAGAAAGACAAAUUGCUCAAGGAACUGAUAAGGAAGGGUAUCCCACAUCACUUCCGGGCGAUCGUGUGGCAGUUGUUGGGCAAUGCCACAGACAUGCCAGUGAAGAACCAAUACUCUGAGCUGCUGAAGAUGUCGUCACCCUGCGAGAAGCUCAUCCGGAGGGACAUUGCCCGUACCUAUCCUGAGCAUGAGUUCUUCAAGGGGCAGGACAGUCUGGGCCAGGAGGUCCUCUUCAACGUCAUGAAGGCAUACUCCCUAGUGGAUCGUGAGGUAGGAUACUGUCAAGGCAGUGCCUUCAUUGUUGGGCUGCUUCUCAUGCAGAUGCCGGAGGAGGAGGCAUUCUGUGUGUUUGUGCGGCUGAUGCAGGAGUACAGACUCCGAGAGCUCUUUAAACCGAGCAUGGCAGAGCUGGGCCUCUGCAUAUACCAGUUUGAAUACCUGCUGCAGGAGCAGCUUCCAGAGUUGAAUGUGCAUUUUCGCUCACAGAGUUUCCACACCUCCAUGUACGCUUCAUCAUGGUUCCUCACACUAUUCCUCACCUUCCUGCCUCUGCCAAUUGCCACACGUAUUUUCGAUAUCUUCAUGUAUGAGGGUCUGGAGAUUAUAUUCCGAGUAGGAAUGGCCAUUUUACAGUACAACCAGACCGACCUCAUACAGCUGGACAUGGAGGGCAUGUCACAGGAAAUAGAUUCUGAAGAAGCCACCGUCACUGAGUCACACUUCAUCACCCUGAGGCUCACUCACUUUCAGAAGGUUAUCCCUCACCAGUUUGAUAGCUGCCCUGAUAAACUCAUUCUCCGAGCUUAUCAAAUUAAAUACAACCCCAAGAAGAUGAAAAAAUUGGAAAAGGAGUAUACUACCAUUAAAAACAAAGAGAUGGAGGAACAGAUUGAAAUUAAGCGACUACGCACAGAGAACAGGCUGUUAAAACAGAGGAUUGAGACACUGGAGAAGGAGAGUGCCGCACUGGCAGACAGGUUGAUCCAGGGUCAGGUGACGAGAGCACAGGAAGCGGAGGAGAAUUACGUGAUCAAACGGGAAUUAGCAGUGGUGCGGCAACAAUGCACGACAGCCAGUGAGAGCCUGGAGAGAGCGCAGGACACCAUACGGGACUUGCAGCAACACACGUAUACAGAGCAGUUUGUGAACGGGCUGCAGGCUCAGCUCGAGCAGUCUCGCCUUCAGGAAGCAGAGCUCCUUGGUGCACUGAAGGAGAUGCAGGACAAGGUGCUGGACCUCGAGAAGAGGAGCAGCUCCCUGCCUGACGAAAUGAAUGUAGCGCAGCUCCAAGAGGAGCUGAAACAGGUCAAGCUGAGAGAGCUGGAGACGCUGCGCUCCUUCAGAGAGAUGCAGGAUGUGGUCACUGAACUCAACCAGCGCUGGCAGCACUACACAUCGCGUGGUGGCCACUGGAAAGAGUCUCCUAAGAAAAAUGCCCUGAAUGAAAUGCAGGACAAACUGAUGAGCAUGAGACUGAAAGAGGCUCAGACACAGGCUGAGGUCAAAGAGGUCAAACUUAAAAACCUGCAGCUGGAGAGCCAGAAUCAGAUCUACAGCAAGGCGAUGACCCGUCACGAGCAGGAGAGCGCUGCCCUGCAGGAGAGACUGCAGAAUGCUUUAUCACACAACAAGAGUCUGCAGAGUCAGCUCAACGAAAUGAAGAGGAAACAGGCUGAGUCAGACUGCAAGAGUAAAGAGGAGGUGAUGGCGGUUCGUCUGAGGGAGGCAGACAGUAUGGCGGCCAUGGCUGAACUCCGGCAAAAAAUAGCCGAGCUAGAAUUGCAAAAAGAGGAAGGGCUAAUCCAGGGUCAGCUGAAUCAUUCUGAUUCCAGACAGUACAUUGAUCAAUUGAGGGAACAGAUUGCUGAGCUCAAGAAUGAGAUAAGGCAGCUACGUGGUCAACCCUCCAAAUUUCAGAACUCCGGGGGUGGAGCCUAUCAGGACCUGUGUCUGGCGAGCCCAGUUUCUGCAGAAGGAGACUACCUGAGUUCAGAUGAUGAUCUCCUGCAGAGCCCGCUGCCUGGCACAGCGCUGUAUCCGCACCACACCUCGACUCAUCUGGACAGCGAGGGCAGCACUGAGAGUGACGGAGACGAGAGGAACGAACCCCACGCCACCCUUCCGUGUCAAGACACCAUGCCCACCCAGCAGCAGCUUUAUCCAGAAAUGGUGUACACCGAGGGCCCAGAGAACUGAGGGGGGUGCAGAGUGGGGGUUUGGGUGGAGCAGAGCGGGCGGAAGUAUUCAGAGGCAUGUAUUGCCCAUGGACGCCUAUGGACCGAUGAUGGCGAGAGAUUGAGUACAGACACAUGCACACACGCUGACACACUCCCAUGAGGACAGAGCUGAAAGGCAUGACUCUCGGCUGAGUCCAGGAGGAAGUCUGCAUGUAUAUACAGAACGGACUGACACAGAGGUCAUCCCUCCUUCCCUUCCUGUGUCUCCAUUCUUCCAUCUCUCCUCCUUUCCCUCUGAAAAGUUAAACUGGUUCUGAAAGGUCCACUAACACCCAUCAGCAUCAGCUUUAGGAUGCACACACUCACAUACAUGCACACAAACACACUUCAAGGGCCCUAUUUUCAUGACUAUAAUGCAGAAACAAAAGUAAUACACUUAUAUCUCAGGCAGUAAGAAUGGCAUGAUUGUGAAAAGGGUUUGGGUGUGCAUUAAUACAAUACAAGAAAGGAAGUUGGGUAAAUUUUAUUUAUGAAGCAAGUGUGCGCAGUGGUGUUUUCAUAAUCUCAUUAAGCAUCAUUACGUGUUGUUGACACUUUUCAUUGAUUCUACUCUUCUGUUAAUUACAUGAUGUGUAAAUGAUGCUUUGCUGAUUCACAUUUCGUAGCUACAACUGAUUUGUUUGGUCAGAACAAUUCCAUGUACAGUAGUAUAUAUUUAUUUUGUAUUGUUGCUUAAAGUCAAUAAGCUACAGUCUUGACAUUUGUGAUAAAGAGAGAAAAUGUAGUGACAUCUCAUUUUUCAAAGUAUGUUUGAAAAUACCACUGCAUACGUUCAUUUGGUAUUAUGAUAAAUGUCCAUGCAAACAGGAAAAAAAAAACUAGCUAAUGUGUAACCAUUAAGUUACCAAAAUAGGGCCCUUACUGUUAUCACUACCAUAAAUUUAGAGCUUGAGAUUUAUUCCUUGGUCAUUCUUUUGACUUAAUCGACUCAACUUCCCACAAGAGCGAAGAUUUUAACUGUACCACCACACUGAAUGUGUAGCAUCAGUUUUCUGGGAGUUGGACGAUAUGAAUUCGAUACACCUGAGGUGAGAGUGCAGCAGAAAGGCCGAAUAGUGAAUCCACAGUACAAGCCUCUGGCAGAGAACUACUGGGAGCACCAUGAAGUUAAAAAAGGUCAGGAGUAUUAUGUACAUUGCACACACACUUGUCUGUACAGCAGUUUUCUCUCUCCACAGAAGAGCACUUUUGACAUAUCUUGAAACAAACACCAAUCACUUUAUUAGAAGGAAGGGAAAAUAUGGACAGAAGCUUGACAUACAUGUUUAUUGUAUGUUAGUAUGUUAAUAGAUGUUAAUAGAUGCGUAGCUGAAAAAUACUAACAGUUAUCUACUGUAGCUAAUCUGUGUUUGUAUGUGUCUCUGCAAAAAAAAAAAAAAACAAGGAAUUUUUGGACGGUAAAAGUUCAUUUUGUUGUUGAAAAAGAACACAAAGCUACAAAAACAAUAUCUCAAACUUGCCAAAUUUUACAUGUUAUUUAUGUUUUUUUAGUUAGUUAUUAUUAUUAUUAUUAUUAUUAUUAUUUUAUACAUUUAUUGAGAUCAACAUAAAUAUAAAUACUUUUAUUUUCUCCUCUGUGCCAAAUUGUGGAAGCUGCAAAAAUAAUGGCAUUUAAGGUCUUCAUGAAAUGAGAGAAUUUCUAACAUGUGCUGCUAGUAUGAUUAUUUUUUUUUUAAUUUUUUUUUUAAGAUAUUCCUUAUGUUUUCAUAUAUGCACAUUUUCUAACAGUCCUAAUCCCAUGUAGUGUCAGUGUGUUAAUGCACACUAUGUGAAUACUUGAGGGUUACUUGAAUUUAAUGUUUUAUAUAUAUAUAAUAUAUAUAAUUUUCCAAGGCAAAGUCAAACCAUGCUCCCUCCUUUAAAGUGUAAAAUGUACUAAAUAAACUAGUGUGCGUUUGGUUUUGGAUUUGGCACCAAAUAUACAAUUAUUGGAAUUUUGUCAAACCUCUACCAGUGAAUAUGUGUAAAUACCACUUCAGUUUCUUUGACCAAAUUUCAAAACGUUACAAAAAAAACAUGUAUGCCAUAAAAUGAUUCAUUAGUAAAAGUAUCUUGUUAGCUUUUCUGUUACAUUUCUCUUUUUACCUUGGUUGUGUGAAAUCAGGCCACAGCGACCAUGUUCCUCAUUGUGUUGACACUUGUGGCGUCUCUUCUUAAUUGUUUCGCUUCAGUACUCAUGUAGAUUCUAUGGGAAUUUCUCUUGAGAGUACAUUUGUCUGUGAUUUCACCAGAUUUCAGCCCUGCCUUAUUCAGUUUUUCAAAUAGAUUUUUAAAUGUACUUGAAGCAUACCAUGUUCGUCUUUCAACCAGAUGUGGAUGUAUAGGGUGUAUAAUUAAGGACAGAUGUCUAAAAAGGUCAAACAUUUUCUUUCUUUUUUUAAAAAACAAAAACAAAACCUAUAUAUGUAUGGUACAUUAACAGAGUGAUGAGAGAUGCAUUUAAUGUAUACUAUAUAAAGCAAAUGAACUAUUAAGCCUGUUGUCAAAGAGCAGCAUGUCUAUUUGUGAGAGGUACAUGUUUGACUUCUGUCCUGACGAGGGUACAGGGUUUUUACAUGGAUAUGGUGUUUGACAAGCAGCUGCUGUCAUUCAGAUUGGAUGUUUUAAUCGUUUUACCCUUCAAACUACUUUUUUUUUAUAUCUUCAUAUCCACUAUAGGACAAUAAUUUCCAUAUUGUGAGAAGAAGUACAAAAAAUGUCUAUAAACCAAAAAGCAUAUUAAAAGGGGAAAAAAGGUAUUUCCAGUAUAACUAACCGAUACGAGUCAAGCAGGUAGGACUGGGACUGAAGUUACAUAUCAAUAUUAACUCCCACUGUGUUGGUGCAGGGGACUUAAUGUAGCAUUUUUUUUUAAAUUUUCACAGGAAGUUGGGCUCAUAUCUUGGCCUUCUUACAUCAUGUGUAACUGUUUUGUGGUUGACGUUUGCCUUCCAGAGAAUGUUGACCAAUCAGUGUGUAUGUGCAUGUUUGUGUGUGUGUUUGCGGAGGGACCUGUACAAAUAUCAGUUUGUUGAGUCUAAGUGAGAUCAUUGUUAGGGUGGAUAAAACUUAUAACUCAUAACACAUAAUUAUCCA